AUGAGGAAGCUGUGUGUUACCAUUAUUUCCUUCUUGCUCCUGAAGCUUUCUCUCACAUUGUGCAGUUUGACAGAAACCAGCUGCUUUUGGAGAAUAAAGGACAAUGAAGAUGAUUAUGGAGAUUUACAGGACAACUGUCAAUUUGUUCUUUUCUUGAAUCAGAAACCACAGGAGGAAGAUUUUUAUAAUGAUAUACUUGAUUUUAGAAUAACGGAUCAGAAAUAUGAGUUUGUUCUUGUACUGCUUUUUGCUACUGAUGAGAUCAACAAAAACCCUUAGCUUUUACCCAACAUGUCUUUGCUAUUUUCUCUUGCUACUGACAUGUGUUUUAAUACAUUGAAGAAUCUUGAUGUAAUAAUUUCAUUAAAAAAAAACCAUCGAGGACUUCCUAAUUAUGUUUGUGGAGGGUCUACAUGUCUUGUAGGCCUUACAGGACCGUCAUGGACUACAUCUGUAAAACUGGUGACCUUUUCCCGUAAACCAAAGAUUUUCUUUGGACGAUUUCAUCCUAUCCUGAAUGACAAAGUCCGGUUUCCUUAUGUCUACCAGAUAGCACACAAAGAUACGUGUUUGUCCAAUGCCAUGAUGUCUCUGAUGCUUUAUUUUACAUGGACCUGGAUAGGGCUGGUCAUCUCCGAUGAUGACCAGGGAACUCAGUUUCUCUCAGACUUGAGAGAAGAGAUGCAAAGUAAUGGACUCUGUCUAGCUUUUGCAAAUGUCAUCCCAGAUAGCAUGCAGUUAUACUUGACAAGGGCUGUCCUAUAUGAUAAACAAAUCAUGACGUCAUCAGCAAAGGUUGCUAUCAUUUAUGGUGAAAUGAACUCUACCCUAGAAGCCAGCUUCAGACGAUGGGUAUAUUUAGGUGUAGAAAGAAUCUGGAUCACCACCUCACAAUGGGAUGUCACCACAAGUAAGAGAGAUUUCAGCCUUGAUACCUUCCAUGGGACUGUCACUUUUUCACACCACAAUGGUGUGAUUACCAAAUUUAGAAAUUUUAUGCAAACAAUGAACACUUCCAAAUACCGAGUAGACAUUGCUCAGAUGAGAAAGAAGUGGAAUUAUUUUAAUUGUUCAGUUUUUAAUGUAAACUAUAGAACAAUGAAUCAUUGUUCAUCCAAUACUUCUUUGGAAUGGUUAUCACAGCAUGAAUUUGACAUGGUCCUAAGUGAAGAAGGUUACAAUUUAUACAAUGCUGUAUAUGCUGUGGCUCAUACCUAUCAUGAAAUUAUUCUUCAACAAAUAGAGUCUCAGCAAAUAUCAGAACUCACGGGGAUAUUCUAUGACUGUCAGCAGGUGGUUUCUUUGCUGGAGAAUGUUGUAUUCACUAAUCCUGUAGGAGAAUUGGUGAACAUGAAUCUGAGAAAAAAACACUGUGCAGAGUAUGACAUUUUCAACAUUUGGAAUUUUCCACAAGGCUUUGGAUUAAAGGUGAAAAUAGGAGGCUAUUCCCCUUAUUUGCCACAGAGCCAACAACUUCACAUAUCUGAAGAUUUAGAUUUGGCUAUGGGAUCAACACUGGUUCCCACCUCUACAUGCAGUGUGACGUGCCCUCCUGGAUUCAGGAAAUCUCAUCAGAAUCAGACAGCCGACUGCUGCUUUGAUUGUGUCUGGUGCCCAGAGAAUGAGGUUUCCAAUGAGACAAGUAUGGAGCAGUGUGUGAGCUGUCCAGAUGACCAGUAUGCCAACGCAGAGCACACAUACUGCCUGCAGAGGCAGGUCUCUUUUCUGGCUUAUGAAGACCCAUUGGGGAUGGCUCUGGCUUGCAUGUCCUUGUGUUUCUCUGCACUCACAGCUCUUGUACUUGGUGCUUUUGUGAAGUACAAGGACACUCCCAUUGUGAAAGCCAAUAACCGCAUUCUCAGCUACAUCCUACUGAUCUCCAUCACCUUCUGUUUCCUCUGCUCAUUGUGUUUUAUUGGGCACCCCAACAUGGGAACCUGUAUCUUACAGCAGAUGACAUUUGGAGUCUUCUUCACAGUGGCUCUUUCUACUGUCUUGGCCAAGACAAUUACUGUGGUCCUGGCCUUCAAGAUCACUACUCCAGGAAGAAGGAUGAAAUGGAUGCUGGUGUCAGGAGCACCUAACUUUCUCAUUCCCAUUUGUACCCUCAUCCAACUAAUUAUCUAUGGAAUCUGGCUGGUAACAUCACCUCCAUAUGUUGAUACUGAUACACACUCUGAACAUGGGCAGAUCAUCAUUGUAUGCAACAAAGGCUCAGUCAUUGCAUUCCACCUUGUCCUGGGAUACUUGGGCUCUUUGGCUCUGGGGAGCUUCACUCUGGCUUUCUUGGCCAGGAAUCUGCCUGACAGAUUCAAUGAAGCCAAAUUCCUGACCUUCAGCAUGCUGGUGUUCUGCACUGUCUGGAUCACCUUUCUGCCUGUCUACCACAGCACUAAGGGGAAGGUCAUGGUGGCUGUGGAGGUCUUCUCCAUCUUGGCCUCCAGUGCAGGGCUGUUAGGGUGCAUCUUUGUGCCAAAGUGUUAUGUUAUUUUGAUGAGACCAGAUUCUAAUUUUCUUCAAAAAAAAGAAAAAAGCAAAAACAAGAGGAAGGUGAAA